UUCCCGCGCUGCCCCUCCAUCUCAGACCCCCGCAUGCACUACCCCGGCGCCUUCACCUACUCCCCGACGCCCGUCACGUCGGGCAUUGGCAUCGGCAUGUCGGCCAUGAGCUCGGCCACGCGCUACCACACGUACCUGCCGCCGCCCUACCCCGGCUCAUCGCAGGCGCAGGCCGGCCCAUUCCAGGCCAGCUCGCCGUCCUACCACCUGUACUACGGCGCGUCGGCCGGCUCCUACCAGUUCUCCAUGGUGGGCGGCGAGCGCUCGCCGCCGCGCAUCCUUCCGCCCUGCACCAACGCCUCCACCGGCUCGGCGCUGCUCAACCCCAGCCUCCCGAACCAGAGCGACGUAGUGGAGGCCGAGGGCAGCCACAGCAUCCCCACCAACAUGGCGCCCGCCGCGCGACUCGAGGAG